AUGAAAAACAAUUUAUAUUCAUUGCAAAUUGACGAAUCAACUGACGUAGCAGGAAUUGCACAGCUGCUUAUUUAUAUUCGUACUGAAAAGUCAGAAAGUAUUAUUGAACAAUUUCUUUUCUGCAAGGCAUUAGUUACUACUACUCGUGCAAUUGAUAUGUACAAUUUGAUAUUUGAUUAUUUUAAUCAACAUAAUAUUUCCUUUAAAAUUGUAUUUCCAAAAAUAACAGAUAAAGCAAUGCGGAUCAUUCUACAAUUUGCAACAACUUAUUUGUGUGAAAAGGGAUUUUCUGCAUUACAAAACAUUAAAACAAAUAAGCGAGAAAAUCUACUGGAUUUAGAUUCAGAAAUGCGACUGGCCUUAUCAAAUAUUGAGCCAGACAUAGAAAAAUUAUCUGCCGAUUCACUAUUUGAUGGUAUGAAAAAUAAACAGGAAAUUUCAAAUUGCAUCAAAGAGCUUCAGCUCUCAAAACAGUCAAUUGUCAGAAGGGCUGAAAGCAUUUCUGAAAAUCUUCUUUCGCAGUUAAAAAAGGAUCUUUACGCAUGUUCGUGUUUUUCUCUACAGUUUGACGAAUCAAACGAUGCUAUUGAUAUCGCCCAUCUAUGUGUAUUUUCCCGUUUAAUCUUUCAUGAUCUAACUGUCAAGGAAGAGUUAUUUGCUAUUAUACCUAUGAAAGAAAGAACAACUGGUGAAAAUAUUUAUAAUUCUUUCAAAACGUUUUUGUUAUCAUUCGAAUUAUUACCGUUAAUGAAGAAACUUGUAUCCAUAACAACAGAUGGAGCCCUUGCAAUGAUUGGGAAUCAAAAUGGAUUUAUUGCAUUUUGUCGGAAAGAUGAACAUUUUCCGAAAUUUUUAUCAUAUCAUUGCAUCAUUCACCAACAUGCAUUAUGUGGGAAAAUGUUAAAUUUCAACUAUGUUAUGGAGACAACAGUUAAAAUUAUUAAUUCCAUCCGAGCCAAGCCACUACAAAGAAGAUUAUUUCGACUUUUUCUAGAACAAGUCGAUGCAAUCUAUGGCGAUCUACCUUUACAUUGUGACAUAAGAUGGUUAAGCAAGGGAUUAAUUCUCAGUCGUUUCAGAGAAUUAUUAUCAUACAUUAAAGAAUUUUCUAAAGAAAACAACAAGAAUUGGCAUUUUCUUGAAAAUCCUGAUUGGCUAAUAAACUUGGCAUUUUUAACCGAUAUUACCAGCAACUGA